AUGCGUGACCUCAAAAUGGGUGUGGAGAAUGAUAGACAAGGGGUACAGACUCCAAUUUGCCAUCGUUCCACCGCAAUUCAGGGGAAUACUGUUCUCAAAAGCUCUGGGCGCAUCAGCUCGUGUUCUUCAAGAGGAAAUAUCCUCAUUGAUGAGAAAAGGAGCAAUAAGAAUUGUGCCUCCCAAAGAGAGCAUGUGCGGUUUCUACUCAAGGGCGUGACCUACGAACAUCUUGUUCUUCCGUUCGGACUUUCACUGAGCCCCCGGGUGUUUGUGAAAUGUACCAAAGCGGCCGUUGCGCCGCUCAGGAGGAAGGGCAUUCAUCUGGCCACAUACAUAGAAGACUGGCUCUUAGCUGCCCAGUCAGAGCAGGAAGCGCGAGAGCACACCAGACUACUCACGGAGGCCACUGGGCUUUCGGGUGAAUAUCACCAAGAGCGUUUUAACUCCCACUCAGACCAUCUCUUUCAUAGGGUUGAGCCUGGACUCAGUUUCGUUCAGGGCACGACUAUCUUUGGAGAGGGUGAGAGUUUUUCAGACGUGUCUAGCCCACUUUCAGAGGGGGAACUACGUCACUUUCAGGCUAUGUCUCAGACUUCUGUGAUUAAUGGCAUGGUUUUAGUCGCUGUGCAGUUCGGCCGCCUGUACAUGAGAGAGUUUCAAUGUUGGGUGGCCUCCCUCAGACUGAACCAGUUACGUCACAGCCACCGCCGAGUUUUGAUUUCAGUAGACUGCGCGUUGGCACUGCGCCAGUGGAGACAGCCGGCCUUCCUGACAAGGGGAGUUCCGAUGGGCACCAUCCUGGCCAGAAAGAUGGUCACAUCGGAUGCAUCCCUCUCGGCUGGCCAUCAUGUUCUUGUCCGAACGGACAAUACUACGGUGGUGGCUUACAUAAACCGACAGGGAGGCCUGCGAUCUCGGCAGUUGCACACGUUGGCACACCUACUGAUUGUGUGGAGUGGAGUGCACUUUCUGUCUCUGAAAGCCACUCACGUACCCAGUGUUUUGAAUCGGGGUGCGGAUCUGCUGUCGAGGGGCAAUCCUCGCUAUGGGGAAUGGCAGCUACAUAGAGACGUAGUGUAUCAGAUCUUCGGGAAAGCUGCCGUAGAUCUAUUCGCCACCAGAGAAAAUGCUCAGUGCCCGUCGUUCUUCUCUCUGAACGACCAGGAUGCGCCGAUGGGAGUGAACGCGCUAGCACACCCGUGGCCGUGCGUCCUCCUGUAUGCGUUUCCGCCAUUGGCGCUGAUACCACCAACUCUGACCAGGAGAUCUCCUAUCACAAGCGCAAGGGGAAAUCUUUUGCCCUCAUCCAGAGCGUCUAGCUCUUUGGGCUUGACCCGUGAAAGGUCCAACCUAACUACCGUAGGUUUGCCCGAUAACGUUAUAGCGACGAUUCAGAGUGCCAGGGCCUCAUCUACUCGAACGCUUUACGGGCAUAAGUGGCGAGUUUUUGAGGAGUGGUGUGCGAAAUCACAGGCGGUGCCUUUUCAGUGCUCUAUCCCUGUGAUUUUGUCCUUCUUACAGGAGCUCUUGGAGAAGGGAAAAGCCUUUUCCACUAUUAAAGUGUAUUUGGCUGCAAUAUCCUCCUGCCAUGUGGGCUUCGAUGGCACAAUAGUGGGACAGCACCCCCUGAUAUGCCGUUUUAUGAAGGGAGCGCGCCGGCUCCGCCCUGUAUCCAAGUCACUCACUCCUUCGUGGGAUCUGUCAUUGGUGUUGGAGGCUCUAGCAUACCCCCCUUUUGAGCCUCUACAUGACGUGGAUCUCAAAACAUUAUCAAUGAAGACAGCCCUUUUAUUGGCGCUAGCAUCAGCGAAACGGGUCAGUGAAAUCCAUGCGUUUUCGGUUCACCCAACCUGCACUCAGUUUGCACCGGCGGAUCUUCAGGUCAUAUUGAAACCUAACCCUGCCUUUAUCCCCAAAAUUGUCGAUUCGUCAGCGGUGUUUCCCCAUCUUGUGCUGACGGCUUUUUACCGCCCACCGUUUGCCUCUGAUGAGCAGCGGCGUUUACACCUGCUAUGUCCGGUGCGCGCGCUGCGCAUUUAUCUGAACAGGACUGAGGAGUUUAAGAAAACUGAUCAGCUGUUUGUAUCCUGGGCAAGACUUCACCUUGGGAAGCCCAUCACUAAACAGCGCCUGUCCCACUGGAUAGUGGGGGCUAUAGCUUUAGCUUACUCCAGCAAAAGCAUGCAGCCUCCCACUGGCUUGAGGGCACAUUCCACGAGGGGAAUGGCAACAUCCUGGGCCCUGUUUCAGGGCGUUUCUGUUCAGGAGAUUUGUGCUGCAGCUAACUGGGCCUCGCCUCAUACCUUUAUCCGGUUUUACAGGCUGGAUGUUACUGCGCCUACCUUGGUGCAUACUGUGCUUAGUGUAUGCCCGCCUGAGGGGCGGGACCCACCGGCCAGGGAAUGA